CGUGCUGCUGUUUCGGCUUAAGAAGCUGCUGGUAUUUCCUUCCUCUGCUGUUGUUCGAUGGUAGUCUAAAGAUGAAGGGCUCGCGCACCCGGUUUGCGUUCAACAGCAUUGGAUUCCAGCAACUUCUUCAGUGAGUGACUGCUUCAACAACCAACAGCAUAGGCACAUGUAAUUAUCACAUCUAAUACUGCAUACACUUUUAGGAAUAACAAAGACGCCCGCACAACCAGAAUGCAGUACCAAAAAAUGGUCGACAAGUUGGAAGAUGUCCCCGACAUCGCUAGAGGGAUGUUCAAAGGUGACCAGACCGCUUUUUGGGAAGAGAUGGCCGAGCAUCUUAACGCCCUUGGACCGCCAAUUCGAACGGGUGCAACGUGGAAGCGGGUAUGGUUCGAUUAUAAAUGUGCGGUCAAAAAAAAGCUGCGAGUUAAUAAAGCGUCGUUGUUGGCUACUGGUGGCGGGCCGUUCCAUCAACGGCCCUUAAACGACGUGGAGGAACGAGUUGCUGACUUGACCAACUUAAAGGCCACAAUAGAAGGCAACUCUGGCCGUGCUUUCGGUGAUCAGCUUUGCACGAUGGACAGCAACAACAACAACAACAACAACCAAUUGUUGGCGAAUAACAAUAAUGAGCAAAACUUAGAACACGAGCAGCCAUAUAGUGAGAUGGAAAAUAACGAGCAGCAAAACCCGGUGGUAGCCAAAGCUCGACAGAAACGGAGCCGGAAGCGCAGAAACACCGAAGCGGUAUUGCGCCUAAACGAAGAGCUGCUACAGCUCAUGAAGCGCAACAUAGAGGCGCAAAAAGAAUCCACUGCUGCUCUAACGAAGGUAGCUGGCGCAAUAGAUAACGCAACAGCAGCGCUGAAAGAGGCAAUGGAACGCCUGACAAUUGAUUAAAAAAAUCCAUUAUCUUUAAGUUUUUAGGCGUUAAUUUAUGUUUACUGUUAUUGCUCAGCUGAAC